CGCGCGGCGCUCCCGUUCGCCCUGGCCACGCACCUUUCCUCUUCUUCGCUAGGGUCGCCUCCACAGGUAAAGGCCCAACCCAGCGCUCUUCAUCCUCCUCCUCCUCCUGCACCGCCGCCAAGGCUGUGGCUCGCUCUCUCUCUCUGAGUUCCGUCCUCUCGGCUUCCUCGUCCUCGCCCGCAUCCCGGCGCCUUCUUCUCUUCAGCAGCGAGUCGCUGCCGCUCUCUGCCGCCAUAUUGUCCUUACGUCAGAGAAGGCGCGACGAAUUCCACCGUCGCUGCGCCCGAGCGUGUCUCGAUUGGCUGUAGCGGGUAGGAGCGGAGCCAAUCAGCGAGCAGCGCGCGCACACACACACCCCCCCCUCCCCCGGCGAGGGAGCGCGGAAGGCGAGAGGACGUUGGUGAGGACCCAGUAAGGUGAAGAACAUCAUAGUGGACAUGUCAGUGGUUCAGCAAGAUCUCGAUCUAGACAGCUCUGAAGGUGUGGAAGUCAGUGUAGAUACUGAAGAAGAGCUCAUGAAAGAAUGUGAAGAAAUGUGGGACGACAUGGAGAAAUGUCAGAAUAAAUUAUCACUUUUUGGAACUGAGACACUCACUAAUUCAAAUGCUCAGCUCUCAUUACUAAUUAUGCAAGUGAAAUGUUUGACUGCUGAACUUGGUCAAUGGCACAAAAAAACUCUUGAAAUAACACCCCUGACAGAGGAUGUUCUGAUAACAUUAGGAAAAGAAGAGUUCCAAAAAUUGAGACAAGAUCUUGAAAUGGUACUAACUACUCUUCAGUCAAAGAAUGAAAAGUUAAAGGAAGACUUAGAAAGGGAGCAACAGUGGUUGAAUGAACAGGAACAAAUAAUGGAAUCUCUUAAUUUAUUACAUGGUGAAUUGAAAAAUCAGGUUGGGACAUGUUCUGAAUCAAGAAUCCUUAAUGAGCUGAAAACUAAAAUAAUUAGCAUUAAGAAAUUCAAGGAGAAAAUCUUGAUCACCUUGGGCAAGUUUCUAGAAGACCAUUUUCCUCUGCCACAUGGAAAUAUUAAAAAGAAACGGAAAAACAUUCAAGAAUCAACAGCACAGCUGAUAACACUGAAUGAAAUAUUAGAGAUUCUCAUAAAUAGAAUGUUUGACGUGCCACAUGAUCCGUAUGUCAAAAUUAAUGAUUGCUUUUGGCCACCAUACAUUGAGCUGAUUCUACGUAAUGGAAUUGCCUUGAGACAUCCAGAAGAUCCAACCCAAAUAAGAUUAGAAGCCUUCCAUCAGUAAAAUGAUGGGCUCUUGUCACCUUGUAGGGAAUCUUGGCACUCAAGAAUGAAAAAAACACAUGACUUUGAUAAAGAGUUUUGUUUUUUUUUUUAAGUCCAAGCCAUAGUCUGUGUUCCUUUUUUUGUUUGUUUUGAGAUAGAGUCUCAUGUACUCCAAGCUGGCAUCAAACUCCUCAUUUUCCUUCCUCUAUCUCUGGAGUGCUGGGCUUACAGAACUGUGGGGCUGUGCCUGCUGUCCAUCUUUUUACCUUUAAAUAACGUGUAUUGCCAACUAUUCAUGUUUAAAAUGGGCAUUUCUUAUUAACUCAGUACUUUGGUGUUUUAAACUAUAUGGAUAUGAAUGCAAAUAAAAAUAUUCUAGACAUAAAAUAUUUUUCUUACCUCAUUCAGUAUUCCUUGGAAAUUUCUUUGUGAAUUGAUGAUACUGCUAAUUUUUUGUUUUUAAGCUUCUAUUAUUUUUAAUACUUUUGAGUUCUAUUUGAUGUUUAUUAUCUUUAUAAUUAGAGUGUAUAAUGGAAAGUACAUUUAUUUGGAGAGGUUUUUUUUCUUGUGCUUGGAAUUGAACUGACAGAAGCCUUAAGCAUGCAAGGUAAAUACCACUGACUUAUAUAGUUUAGUCAUGGGAUAUGUUUAAAAUUUAAGUCAUAACUACUGUAGAAAGUUGUAUAAUUUCAAAAUAAUUCAUUAAAUCUGAUCAAUAUGUAUUUUCUCAAUUCUAUAUCUGUUAAAAAAAAUAAGCAUAUAAGAGGUUAGGAAGUUGACUCAGUGCUUGAAUGUGCUUGCUUGCAAAGCUUGCUGGCCUGGGUUCAAUUCCCAAGCUACUCACGUAAGCCAGGUGCAAACAUGGAGCGAGCAGUGGCACAGUGUUUACAGUAGCAAGAGGUCCUGGCAUGCACAUGUGCACGCGUGCACACACACACACACAGACACACAAAUAAAUGAAUAGCAAUAUUAAAAAUUUUAAUCGCGGGGGUUGAGGAGAUGGU